AUGUCGUCCAAAUUAAUGUCUAUGAAGUUUAUGCAAAAAGCCCGGGGGAUAGAUCCAAGGCAAACAGAAGAGGAAUUGUCCAAGCCAAUUGUGACGGACGAACAUUGGUCAUUAAAAAAAGCUCCUGAUGCUCCUUCCAACAAAAGUGCCUGUAAAUUCGAGUAUGAGUCUAGUUAUGGAAGCUUGAUAUCGGAAUCCGAGGAUAAAGGCAACACACAAGAGACAGAUGGUCCUGCCGUUGCUGGAAGAGCUAGCUUUGGAUUAUUCAACAAAGAAUUGGAAGGAAACAAGAAAGAGUCUGCUGAAAAUGAAGAGAAUGACGAAGAACAAGAGUCUGAUGCACCUUACAAAAUGGAGGGCUUAGAAACAACUGAGCGGGAAAGACGCAACCAAGAAAGACUCUCCAAGAUGGUUCGAGGAAAAUCAAGUACUCAAGUCAAGCCCAAGAACGAUGGCCAUAAAAAACGGAAGGCAACGGAUAUGGAUCGCGAUAUUAUAUCUUUAGAUACUGAAAAAAGUGAAGCGACUGCGAAGCCCAAAAAGAAGAAAAACAAAAGCAAGAAAAAGAAAAAUUGA